AUGGAGGUGGCCGAGAGCAGAGAGCAGGCCUCCGUUGGUCCGAUAACGGGGGCAGAGUCCACCAUCACCAAUGGCGAGCGGAAUCCCUUCUUGGAUGACCCUCUCAUGGAUGAUGGCCGAUCGAGCAGCUUGAGCGAGAUCGAUGAUGUGUCCGACGACGAACCAUCUGACUUCGAGGAUUCGCCCAAGCCUGAGAAGCAGCUGGAAAACGACUCGGAGGCGGAAACAGAGCGCAUCGAGGACUCCCCGCACAAUAUUCGGAAACAUGAUAUUGUACUCAGUGCUGGUAGCGCUGGUCCAAGCCCGAGCAAACUGCACCAGUCCACGACCCUAGAUGAUGUCGACGAUGACGACCAGGUGGUGGACGACUCGCCGAGCAAACCGCGACGGGCCUCCAACCAAGAUGCAAUUGAUGAUGAGAAUGCCGAUCUCGACGAUGUGGAACUUCCCGAUAGUAUUGGGAAGAAGCGCAAGCGUGUUGAGACCGGCGACGAGACCGGAACCGAAUUUGAUGAAGAUGAGCCGCUUAAGAAACGCCGGAGCUCCAUCAAGAGCGACCUGAGUGACCCGAUUGAUGACGAUACCCCUCUUUCACCGGAGCCAAUGAUGGAUGAAGAGUCGGCCCCCAUCAUCGACGACGAGCUGCCUGCCGAUGACCUUCCCGGGUCAGAACUCCCUGCUGUGCUAUCCAAGGGUAAAAGGGGCAAAAAGGGUAAGCGGAGCAGAAGAAGAGCCCAAUAUGGAGACAAGGAGAUCGAGACUGGCGGCGUGGAGGCUAGUAUAGAGGACCUUGCUGAUGACAAUUUUGGCGAAGACGAGGAGCCCACGGAACGGGUCGAUGAACCUGACGAUGCCGAGACUGCUGCUAGAGUUGAAGAAGAGUCCGCGAAGAAGAUGUCCGCCUUGGAAUCACUGGCAACGCUGGAGAAAGAGUUCGCAACAUUGCGUGACAAAAUUUAUGAUGAACGGAUCACGAAGCUCAAUCGCGAGUUGGAAAUGCUGACCGGACCAAAUCCGACACAUCCCGAGUACCUGCGUCAGAUUGAAUGUGUGCAACGUUACCGGGAUGCCAAGAUCAAAUACGAGCAUACCUUGUACCGUUACCGCAUGAAGGCCUUGUUGAACAAGAGCUUGGCCGAGCGAUCGCAGGGACAUAGCACCUAUUUCCAGCGUGUCCGAGACGUGCGCGAGCGUCAUUCGAGUGCGAUCAGCAAGCAAUUUUAUGCUAUUCAGCAUGACCGGUUCAAGACAGAUGAGCUGAGCCCGCAUCAUAUCGUCCCAUUCCCAACCCGCCGCUCGCAACAGAUCGCACAUCAAACCGCCUACAAUCAUGAGGUCUCGAUUAUGGCUGGUGUUGCCAAGUACGUUGGCUUCCCAGCUGCGCCCACUUUGUUGGGGGCGCGCCCGUCCGAAUUAGAAGAGGAUCUGGAGAAGAUGGGGAUCUCGAUUGAAACACGGGUGUCGGCUCCAAGACAUUCAUCAGCAAUGCCGCCUCGAGCUGCUGUGUCAGCUAUGUCGUCGAACGUUUUCCGCACAGCCGCCGAGGAAGCGUUCCUGGAGCAAACGCCUUGGGCCAAUCCACAGCAUCCUAUCCAUCAACAACAGCCACAACACCAAUUCUCUCAACAGCAUCGGCCCCAGGCGUCCUCCUUCGCUACUCCAGCCGCACAGAAGCGGGUAGUCGACGUCAACGCACCUAAUGGAUCUGCGUCCACCAUUCCCGAGAACAUGUCGGCUGCCAAUUCAUCUACCAACAACACCCCCUACGGUACUGAGCAGGAGCCGCGACACCCCGCACAAGGACCUUUCCGCAAUCCAGACUACGACCCCGAGCAUAAAUCUGGGUUUCGAUCCCCCAGUUCUUCUCCAUUAAAUGUGCGAAAAUCUCAACCACGCCCGAGCCAUCCUAUUGAGCGCCACUCUCCUGGUCCGGAUGUUUCCGCCUCUCGCAACCCUCUCUUCUCUCCACCUCCUGCCCGGGCUGGCUUGUUCCAGCCAUCCACCUCGAAGCCGGAAUCUUCGCCCCCCUUGCCAUCCAAACCGGUUGACGCGGUACAUUACCGCCCCCAUCAACCCGAGAUCUCCACGGGAUCUGGCCCAAGCCACAUGCCUGCUCGGUAG